UGUUAGGGAUUUGGCUGUGAAUCUUAACAGAGCUGAACCUGAGCUGGGUCCCUUUCGAGAUAUCGUUUUCCAACCGUAGUGUGAGUGUGAGCAAACUGAGUUCAAUUCUUCAAUGCACCUUUGGUCUAAUUUUUCUCACUUUUGGCUUGCUUGACCUUUCACAACCUCCUACAGCCGUUGUCCAUGCCCGUGGUAUCAACCGCCCGAGACUAGUACAGCUUCAACACGGCUUCCUUGACCGGGGAGUAAAUGCUUAUAACUGCCUAUCUUCACUUCUUCACCUGUACGCCUGCUUUGUGAUCGCCUUUCUGAUUGAAUUUUCCAUCACUAUUUUCAUCAAAUCCAUGGUGUUUGUUCUGUGUUACUUUUCUAUGUACUUUACCUAGCCACUUACUUAUAAGAUGCCUAGAGUCAUCAAGCAAGAACCUCAGAGGAGUCGAGAGACUCCGGCAUCACCAUGUGCCGGUCGGACUCCUGCCAGAGUGAACCGAACGCCCACCAUGACAUCGCGGGCCUCAGAGGAUGUGAAUCUGAAUACAACUGCACGUCGUAACGCCCGGUCACUAGCCCCUAGCGCGGACACGCGACAGGCGCAGGCCAUGGCGGCGCUCCAGGACGACUCGGAUUCCGAUCCUGAUCUUGUCGUAAUUAGGGAAAUGCGUCAAGUUGUCAAGCCUGACCCAGAUCGUCAUCGGGCCGUUCCAGGCAGAGGCCUAGGUGUCAACGUCGAUAGUGAUUCUUUGCUAAACCGCAAUUUUGAGCGUAUCGCAAAGAACCUGAAGGCGCUUGGAGAGACUCUGGGUGAACUUCAAACCCUCGGCAUCCAGCAUGUGGACUUGCCAUCUCUGGUCCUGGUUGGCGAUCAGAGUUCUGGCAAAUCGACCCUGAUGUCCGGAAUCGCUGGAAUCUCCCUUCCGCACCGAGAAGGCAUGUGUACCCGGUGCCCGGUGCACAUCCGUUUGUCAAAAAGUGAUUCAUGGGCUCUACAAAUCUCUCUCCAGCAGGACUACACCUAUGUUGGGACAAACUCAGUGACAAGUGAUGACUUUGGCCCGUGGUCUCCCCAGCCGAGGGUUGUCAAAGAGUUCUGGUCCUGUCGAGAGAAAGACGAUGACCGAAUCCGAAAUGCGAUUCGCUGGGCACAGGUUGCAAUCUUGAACCAUCAUAAACCUCACAGGCUUUAUGUGCCACGGGCUCAGCAACCAGAUGACGAGGCGAGGUUGCAGGAGGAGGAAAAGAGCGCUGAAACUGAUUUCAGCCCAAAUGUCGUGGCUUUGCAGAUUAGUGGUCCCAAUCUUCCUGAUAUCUCUUUCUACGACCUUCCAGGAUUGAUCAAAGCCACCAGGCGAGAGGAAGAUCAUUACCUGGUCAAAGUCGUAGAAAACAUGGCCCGCAAGUACAUUGCCGAUCCCAACGCCAUCAUCAUGUGGGCUGUGCCUAUGAACAGCGACCCGGAGAAUUCUUCUACGCUCGCGAUAAUCCGCAAAGAGGCGGCUCAAAAUCGGACUGUGGGCGUAUUGACCAAAGCUGAUCUUUUGCCACCGGGAAAUCACGAACAGUGGCUCGGUAUGCUGGCUGGUACACAACACAGUGUUGGUUAUAAGUUUUUCAUAACGGCGCGACAGCCAACGGAUCCAGAGAGUCAAAACAGCUUCGAGGAAGCCUUUUUCAACGGGCAAGCUCCUGACGGCGUGAACCCUUGGUCUGACCGCUUCCAGCAACACGGGGAUCGAUGCGGUCUUAACCAGCUUGUUGUAUUCCUUUCGGAUACGCUGAACCGAGCCUUUUACCAAAGCUUGCCUGGCAUUCUUGAAACAAUUUCUGACCGCUUGCGAUAUGUUAAUGGGGAAUUGGCAAAGCUGCCAGAUACUCCGGACCACCCUUAUGCCGAACUGCGCGAGGCUUUGAUUGGGUUUGUGAACGGCGUGAGGAACGGCUUGGGGUUGACUGUGACUGGCGACUUCGACGCUGAUUGCAAGUCUCUCCUGGACGCUUUUGAGCGCAAGAUUCUGGAACUGAAGCCGCGGUACAUUGUCAAAAGCCCUGCUCCGUCGAGGAGGCCCAUGACCCCUCAAGCUCGACGAAUUGGCCCUGCGCCCACUCCCACGCCGAGUCGCACAGCGACCAGCAAGAGCUCGAUCGAUCUGACUCUUGACGACGAUACACCCGUCCCGCCCAGCCGCCGUCGCAGGCUUGAUACCUUUCUGGAAGGACAGCAGCCUACUAAUGGAACACCCAAGCGAUCACGCCCGACUGUCAAGCAGGAGGAAAGCUUUCGUGUUGCCGUUGCGACGCCGCCUGUGUCUCCGGUUAAGAACGACUUGGCGACUGUACGGAGGCGUUGUCAGGCCCGAGCCCGGGAUGGAGAACCAGACGUCACGCCGCCUGAGAUCUAUCCCGAACUCUCGCUGGAAGCCAUUUCGCGCUGGGCCCGUCCUCUGGACGAUUGCGUCGACUCAUUUAUUCAGUUGCUGAGCCGCAAGCUCGAUCAAGUUUUGGAAAUGUCGUUCGAAAAGCUCAGGACCAAAGCAGCGUUCCGGGAGGCCAAAAACCACCUUGCUGCAUAUGUCCAGCAGCAAAAAGAAGAACUUUCACAGUCCUUGUCGACGCUGUUUUCUCGCGAGAGCAAGCGUCUCUACACUCGCAACACCGAAGCUUUUGAACGCCACAAGCAGGCAGAGCGAGAAAUUCUUCUUCACCGACGCUACGAGUGCCGCUGGAGGGAGCACCAAGAGAGUCUGGGAAAGGACGCCCCUCCCAUUAAAGACCAUGACAAACUGACGGCACAGGAAAAGAAGGACAAGGCUAACAACCUGCAGCUUCUUGGUCCGGACGAAUACGCUCGUGAGCUCGAGAUUUGCGCCCACGUUAGGGGCUACUAUUUGACGGCUGCAAAGCGGUUCAUUGAUUGCGUCGGACAGGCGAUUGUGUCGGAUUUGAUCCCAAGUAUGGUUACGACCUUGUCGAGAAGCCAUCUGGACGAAAAGCUUGGGCUCGCGGGACCUCAAGCCAUCUCCCCGGAGCGAAUCGAUGCUCUGAUGGCGGAGGAGCACCACGUUGCAGCCCAGCGGAAAAAGCACCAGGACGAACAGCAGAAGCUGCAAAAGGCCAUGGAGUCCAUCACCAAGCUGGAAUCGGCCGGCGACGGCGAAGACGACCAUUCUGCUGAUGCUUCUAGCGAGGCCACCAACGCGGCUACCUCGUUCGCCAGCCGGAACAACAACGGGCUCGGAGCCUCGCAGUCCGCACCUCGUUAUCAGCCUUAUGCCGAUGACGGUAUGGAUGUCGAUCAUAGUGGUGGUGUUGCUUAGGAAAGCAUCAAAUUGCCACGAAGCCCUUGAUGAUCCCUCUCGUCAGAACAGAUGCCUUGUGGUCAUAUGCUUUGCGUUGAUUUGCAGGUCUGAAGGUUGUUGUGCAACGCAGUAACAGUCUCUUUGCCAGAAGGCCUACCAGUAAUGUUUGGAGGCGGCCGUCUCAAAGGUUCAACACUGGUACAUAUUUUCUACUUUUCGUCUCUUUGACACCUGCGAAGCUCAUUACUUUCUUUUCUCUUUGACGGCAAACAUGUUUGAGACGAUCCGUUGUCAUUGUAUUGCGUUAUGAUUUUCUCUUUUCUUCUAUUUUCUUCUCUUUUCUCCCUUGAUGGAUGCCACCGGUACUGAUUUGUUAGCCAAAGGGUUUACCGCAGGGCGUAUGUACUGCUAGUAGUGUCAGUAGUGUGGCCUGGGUUUUGUUUGGGGAAAAUUGUUAUACCUACUGCGGCCUGAGACUUUGAUUUGAUUUUUUUUUUUACCUCGGAUUAUGUGUGUUUCGAGGUCCUGCGAGAUUGAGUACAAAUAUCCCACCUGCUUGGGUGAAUCAGGCAAGCAUUGUGGUAAAGAACCACUUUACAACAUCAAAAGAAAGACCGGCGUCGCGAAGUGUUUUUAAUCCAUCCUGUAUUUUCACAACUAGGAACUAACCCCUAGACACAAAUACGCACAUCACUUGCGGAUGG